UUCCGCCCGACGCGUCGUCGCUUGCCUCCGUGGUCCGUACCUUCCGUUCGCCUAUCAUACUGUACCAUUUCUUCCGCUGUCCGCCGGCUCGUCCUUGCUUGGGCGCACGUCCUCCGGUGGCGCAGCGGUUCGUGUCUCCAUAUGCCCUGCCCUGCGCCGCUGCGCGUAGCGCGGCAACAGAAAACGAGAAAGAUAUCCUGCCGUUCCGUCGUGCCGGAUUUUUAAUACUCGCCGCCCAUCAUUGCGUCAGGGCUUAUGUUUGCUCCUCCACGAUCCCAGCCAAACUAAGCUGCCAGCUCUAUUUUUUUCUUGAAAAGAAUUCAGUUGCCAGCUCGAGCGUCGUUGACACUUGCAAACUACUAGUAGCAUAGCAGGACUGCAGGAGCACCCGCUCCCCCGCGCAUCACCCACCACCCACGGGCUCACGGCCAGGCAGGAAUCCCCUCCAAUUCCCAAGCUCUCCGCGCCCCGUGAUGGCUCAUUCUUCCUGGCUCACGGCGUGCUCGCCGUGGUCGGCGCUCGCAACGCUGGCCGCGCUGACCACCAGCCUGCUGGUGCUCAGCUACGUGUCGAGCUCGCUCCUCCACCCAGCGGCGUACGGGUACGACGACCCCUACAGCCCGGACGCCGAGUCGCCGUCGCCGUCGGCUGCGGAGGCGCUGGCGCCGAGGAAGGGCCCCGGGUACCCGCCGGUGCUCGCGUACUACAUCACCGGCGGGCACGGGGACUUCGUCCGGGUGACGCGGCUGCUCAAGGCCGCCUACCACCCGCGCAACCUGUACCUGCUCCACCUGGACGCCGGCGCCGGCGCGUACGAGCGCGCGAGGCUGGCCAGCUACGUCCGGUCGGAGCGGGCGUUCGUCGAGUACGGGAACGUGCACGUCGUCGGCCGGGGGGACGCCCUCGACGGCCGCGGACCGUCCGCCGUCGCGGCGGUGCUCCGCGGCGCGGCCGUCCUGCUCCGGGUCGGCGCGGACUGGGACUGGCUCGUCACGCUCGGCGCCGCGGACUACCCGCUCGUGACGCAGGACGACCUGCUCCACGCAUUCUCCUCGGUGCCGAGGGACGUCAGCUUCAUCGAUCACAGGGCCGAUUCCGAGAGCCAUCACGUGGUCGUCCUCGACCAGAAUCUCCUGCAGAGCACCAACGCCAAGCUCUCCAUUUCGUCCGGGCACCGGGAGAAGCCUGACGCGUUCGAGCUCUUCAGGGGUUCUCCCUGGCCGAUACUGAGCCGGGCGUUCGUCGAGCACUGCGUGGCGGCGCCGGACAACCUGCCGCGGACGCUGCUCAUGUACUUCAGCAACACGCUGGACGCCGCGGAGUUCUACUUCCAGACGGUCAUGGCCAACUCGCCGCGCUUCAGGGACGGCACCGUCAACCACAGCGUCCGGUUCGAUGUGCCGCUGCCGCAGGGGAUGGACCUGCGGUCGCGGUACGACGCCCUGGUGGGCAGCGGGGCCGCCUUCGCCGGGCGGUUCGGCGACGACGAGGCGCUGCUGCAGAGGAUAGACGAGGAGGUGCUGCGGCGCCCGCUGGACGGCGUCACGCCGGGCGCGUGGUGCGCGCCGGGCAGCGGUGAGGAGGGAUCGGCGGCCGAGUGCUCGAUCGGGGGAGACAUUGACGCAGUCAGGCAGGGCGCGGCGGGCCGGAGGCUGGCGAGCUUGAUCUCCGGCCUCGUGGGAACCGGCGCGUGCGGCGGAUGCAAGAGCUAGACGCUGCCGCAGCGCCGAUUGCAGGAGAAAAUCGUGCAAACGCGGUUGGCGAGGAUUCGGUCCUACACAUUUUGCUUGUGCAAGCUCUGAGCUGGCUAGCUGCGUCAGAUUAAUUUAGUUUUUCUUUUUCUUUCUAUAAUACUACAACAAUUCCGCUAUUCUUUUUGUACCGUAUAUAUACGAUUCAACACUUCUGUUGAACUCCCGUAAUAUACCGGCCAGA